GGGUCUGGGUCUGGCCCGGGUGGGAGAGUGGUUGGUGUUCCCGGUGUCCUGGGUUACCUGAGGGGGCGGGGGUUGGGAGUUCGCUGCUGCACGGGCGGCUGCUGCAGGAGCAACAACGACCCUGGAUUCUCCCGGUGAGGGAAGCGCGCGGCGGCCACGGAGCAGGUGAAGCUUUAUUCUAAGAAUAUUUGUUUCUUCCAGUUUAUGAGCUCAAAGUAUAAAGAGUAUAAAUGUCAGAGAAGUGUUGAAAGAUUGCUCGGUCAUGAGCACUGACAGUAACUCCUUGGCACGUGAAUUUCUUACUGAUGUCAACCGGCUUUGCAAUGCAGUGGUCCAGAGGGUGGAGGCCAAGGAAGAGGAAGAGGAGGAGACACACAUGACGACCCUUGGACAAUACCUUGUCCAUGGCCGAGGAUUUCUGUUACUUACCAAGCUAAAUUCUAUCAUUGAUCAGGCGUUGACAUGUAGAGAAGAACUUCUUACCCUUCUUCUGUCACUCCUUCCACUGGUGUGGAAGAUACCUGUGCAAGAAGAAAACGCAACAGAUUUUAAUCUACCAUUCUCAGCUGAUGUAAUCCUGACCAAAGAAAAAAACUCAAGUUCACAAAGAUCUACUCAGGAAAAAUUAUAUUUAGAAGGAAGUGCCCCAUCUGGUCAGGUUUCCGGAAAAGUAAACAUUUUUCGAAAAAGCAGACGACAGAGCAAGAUUACCCAUCGCUAUUCUAUAAGAGAUGCAAGAAAGACACAGCUCUCCACCUCAGAUUCGGAAGGCAAUUCAGAUGACAAAAGUAUAGCAAUGAAUAAACACAGAAAGCCCCGUCUGCUACAGCAUUUUGUAACACAGUCUUCUAAAGAAGACCACCUUACAGCUAAACUCGAGCACUUACCAACCAAAGAAGAACAGACUCAUCCUGACACCAUGGCUUUGGAAGAUUCCAAAGAGAUUAUUCCAGGACAGGAGUCAAACACUGACAUUUUAAGUGAGCCAGCUGCCUUGUCUAUUAUCAGUCACAUGAACAAUUCUCCAUUUGACUUAUGUCAUGUUUUGUUAUCUUUAUUAGAGAAAGUUUGUAAGUUUGACAUUACCUUAAAUCAUAAUUCUGCUCUAGCAGCCAGUGUAGUGCCCACACUGAUUGAAUUCCUAGCAGACUUUGGGGACUGCUGUAAUCUAAGCAACAGUUUGGAGAGUCAAAUGGUCUCUGCAGGUUGGACUGAAGAACCAGUGGCUUUGAUUCAACGGAUGCUUUUCCGAACAGUGUUGCAUCUCAUGUCAGUAGAUAUUAGUACAGCAGAGAUGGUGCCAGAAAGUCUUAGAAAAAAUUUAACUGAAUUGCUCAGAGCAGCUUUAAAAAUUAGAAUUUGCCUAGAAAAACAGCCUGACCCUUUUGCACCAAGACAAAAGAAAACACUACAGGAGGUUUGGGAAGGUUUUGUGUUUUCAAAGCAUCGUCAUAGAGCCCUUCUUUUACCUGAGCUUCUGGAAGGUGUUCUACAGAUUCUGAUCUGUUGUCUUCAAAGUGCAACCUCAAAUCCCUUCUUUUUCAGUCAAGCCAUGGAUUUGGUUCAAGAAUUCAUUCAACAUCAUGGAUUUAAUUUAUUUGAAACAGCAGUUCUUCAAAUGGAGUGGCUGGUUUUAAGAGAUGGAGUUCCUACUGAGGCUGCAGAACAUUUGAAAGCCCUAAUAAAUAGUGUGAUGAAAAUAAUGAGCACUGUCAAAAAAGUGAUAUCAGAGCAACUUCAUCAUUCAAUGUGUACAAGGAAAAGGCACAGGCGAUGUGAAUAUUCUCACUUUAUGCAUCACCACAGAGAUCUCUCAGGUCUCCUGGUUUCAGCUUUUAGAAACCAGGUUUCCAAAAACCCAUUCGAAGAGACUGCAGAUGGAGAUGUUUAUUACCCUGAGCGGUGCUGUUGUAUCGCAGUGUGCGCGCAUCAGUGCUUACGCUUACUACAGCAGGCCUCCUUGAGCAGCACCUGUGUCCAGAUUCUGUCAGGUGUUAAUAGCGUUGGGAUAUGCUGUUGUAUGGAUCCCAAAUCUGUCAUCAUCCCUAUGCUGCAUGCUUUUCAGUUGCCAGCAUUGAAAAAUUUUCAGCAGCAUAUUUUGACUACCCUUAACAAACUUAUUUUGGAUCAGUUAGGAGGAGCUGAGGUAUCACAGAAAAUUCAAAAGGCAGCUUGCAAUAUCUGUACCGUCGACUCUGAUCAACUAACCAAAUUAGAAGAAACACUGCAGGGAAGCUCAUGUGAUGCUGGGCCUUCCUCAAGUUCUUCCAGCCCCUCUGUCAGAUUCCAAGGGAUCCUGCCCAGCAGUGGAACUGAAGACCUAUUAUGGAAAUGGGAUGCCUUAAAGGCCUAUCAGAAUUUUGUUUUUGAAGGAGACAGAUUAUGUAGUGUACAGAUUGCAAAUCAUAUUUGUACUUUAAUCCAGAAAGGCAAUGUAGUUGUUCAGUGGAAAUUGUAUAAUUACAUAUUUAACCCUGUGCUCCAAAGAGGAGUUGAAUUAGCACAUCAUUGUCAACACCUUAGCAUUACUUCAGCCCAAACUCAUGUAUGUAGACAUCAUAACCAGUGUUUGCCUCAGGAAGUGCUUCAGAUUUAUUUAAAAAGUCUGCCUACCCUGCUUAAAUCAAGGGUAAUAAGAGAUUUGUUUUUAAAUUGUAAUGGAGUAAAUCAAAUAAUUGAAUUGAAUUACUUAGAUGGUGUUCGAAGUCAUUCGCUAAAAGCAUUUGAAACUCUGAUAAUCAGCUUAGGGGAACAACAGAAAGAGUCUUCAAUUCCCGGUGUUGAAAGGAUGGACAUUGAACAGAAGAAAUUGUCAUCUCUAAAUGUAGGUACUUCUUUUCAUAGCCAGCAAGCUUACUCAGAUUCUCCUCCGAGUCUUAGCAAAUUUUAUGCUUGCCUCAAAGAAGCUUACCCAAAGAAGCGGAAGUCUGCUAAUCAGGAUGUUCAUAUCAACAUGAUAAAUCUGUUCCUCUGUGUGGCAUUCUUAUGCAUAAGUAAAGAAGCAGAAUCUGAUAGAGAGUCAGCCAAUGAUUCAGAAGAUACUUCCGGCUAUGACAGCACAGCAAGUGAGGCUUGGCACCAGAUGCUGCCGUGUCUCUCUCCCGAGAGCCUUGUCUUACCUUCUCCCAAGCAUAUGCUCCAAGCAGCAGAUAUUUGGUCAAUGUGUCGUUGGCUCUAUAUGUUGAGUCCAGUUUUCCAGAAACAGUUUUAUAGACUUGGUGGUUUCCAAGUGUGCCAUAAAUUAAUUUUUAUGAUAAUACAUAAACUAUUCAGAAGUCAGGAAGAGGAGCAAGGAAAAAAGGAAGGGGAUGUAGAUGUAAAUGAAAACCAAGAUGUAAACAGAACUUCUCAAUCUGAGAUCACUAGGAAGGAAGAUUUAUUAUCUUUGACUGUAAAAAGUGACCCCAUACCAUCAGAACUGAGUAAUCUAAACAAGAGUACUGACAGUUUCGGUAAAUUAGAGGCACAGCCUAUUUCUUCCAUAAACAUGGAACAAAUUUCAGCUACUGAAGCUGCUCCUGAGGAAGCAGAGGCAUCUACAAGUCGGGGAAGUGAAACCUCACUUCAGAGCAUACGACUUCUGGAAGCCCUUCUGGCCAUUUGUCUUCACAGCACCAGAGCUAGUCAGCAAAAGGUGGAAUUGGAGUUCCCUCAUCAGAACUUGUCUGUGGAAAAUAUCUUGUUUGAAAUGAGGGACCAUCUUUCCCAGUCAAAGGCGAUUGAAACAGAAUUAGCAAAACCUUUAUUUGAUGCCCUGCUUCGAGUUGCACUGGGUAACCAUUCGGCAGAUUUUGAACACAGUGAUGCUGUAACUGAGAAGAGUCAUCAGUCUGAGGAAGAGUUGUCAUCCCCACCUGGUGAUUUUUCAGAAGAAGCUGAGGAUUCCCAGUGUCGUAGUUUUAAACUUUUGAUUGAAGAAGGCUAUGAAGCAGACAGUGAAAGCAAUCCUGAGGACAGUGAAACCCGAGAUGAUGGGGUAGACUUCAAGCCUGAAGCAGAAGGUUUCAGUGCAUCAAGCAGUCCAAAUGACUUACUUGAAAACCUCACUCAUGGGGAAAUAAUGUAUCCUGAGAUUUGUAUGCUGGAAUUAAAUUUGCUUUCUACUAGUAAAGCCCAACUUGAUGUGCUUGUUCAUGUAUUUGAAAGUUUUUUGAAAAUCAUCAGGCAGAAAGAAAAGAAUAUUUUUCUAUUCAUGCAGCAGGGAACUGUGAAAAAUCUUUUAGGAGGGUUUUUGAGUAUUUUAACACAGGCUGAUUCUGAUUUUCAAGCAUGCCAGCGACUAUUGGUGGAUCUUUUGGUAUCUGUGAUGAGUUCAAGGACAUGUUCAGAAGAGCUAACACUUCUUUUGAGAAUAUUUCUGGAGAAGUCUCCUUGUACAGAAAUUCUUCUUCUGGGUGUUCUGAAAAUGGUUGAAAGUGAUAUUACUCUGAGCCCUUCACAGUAUCUAACCUUCCCUCUACUGCACACUCCAAAUAUAAGCAAUGGUGUUUCAUCACAAAAAUGUCCUCGGAUUCUCAACAGUAAGGCCAUGGGAUUAUUGAGAAGAGCACGAGUCUCAAGGAGCAAGAAAGAGGCUGACAGUGAAAGUUUCCCCCAGCAGCUGCUUUCCUCUUGGCACAUUGCCCCAGUCCACUUGCCACUGCUGGGACAAAACUGCUGGCCUCACCUGGCAGAAGGUUUCAGUGUCUCCCUGUGGUUUAAUGUGGAGUGUAUCCAUGAAGCUCAGAGUACCACAGGAAAAGGAAAGAGGAUAAAGAAAAGAAACAAAUCAUUAAUUUUACGGGAAGGUAGUUUUGAUGGAACAGAGAACAACAGACCAGAAGAUGCAGAGUACACAAAUCCUGGUGAAAGGCUCAUAGAAGAAGGCUGUAUUCAUAUGAUUUCAUUGGGAUCCAAAGCAUUGAUGAUCCAAGUGUGGGCUGAUCCCCACAAGGGCACUUUUAUCUUUCGUGUGUGUGUGGAUUCAAAUGAUGAUAUGAAAGCUGUUUUACUAGCACAGAUUGAAUCACAGGAGAAUAUUUUCCUCCCAAGCAAAUGGCAACAUUUGGUACUCACCUACUUACAGCAGCCCCAAGGGAAAAAGAAUAUCCAUGGGAAAAUCUCCAUAUGGGUCUCUGGACAAAGGAAACCUGACGUUCCUUUGAAUUUUAUGCUUCCAAGAAAAACAAGUUUGUCAUCUGAUAGCAAUAAAACAUUUUGCAUGAUCGGCCAUUGUUUAUCAUCCCAAGAAGAGUUUUUGCAAUUGUCUGGAAAAUGGGACCUGGGAAAUUUACUCCUCUUCAAUGGAGCUAAGAUUGGUUCACAAGAGGCUUUUUAUUUAUAUGUUUGUGGACCCAACCAUACAUCUAUAAUGCCAUGUAAAUAUGGGAGACCUGUGAAUGACUACUCCAAGUACAUUAAUAAAGAAAUUUUGCAUUGUGAACAAAUCAGAGAACUUUUUAUGACCAAGAAAGAUGUGGACAUUGGGCUCUUAAUUGAAAGUCUUUCAGUUGUUUAUACAGCUUACUGUCCUGCUCAGUAUACCAUCUACGAGCCAGUUAUUAGACUUAAAGGCCAAAUGAAAACCCAGCUCUCUCAAAGACCCUUCAGCUCAAAAGAAGUUCAGAGCAUCUUAUUAGAACCUCACCAUCUAAAGAAUCUUCGGUCUACUGAAUGUAAAACUAUUCAAGGCAUUCUGCAUGAGAUUGGUGGAGCUGGUAUAUUUGUUUUUCUCUUUGCUAGGGUUGUGGAACUCAGUGGCUGUGAAGAAACUCACGCAUUAGCACUGAGAGUUAUCCUGUCAUUAAUUAAAUACAACCAACAGAGAAUACAAGAGUUAGAAAAUUGUAAUGGCCUUUCCAUGAUUCAUCAGGUGUUGACAAAACAAAAAUGCAUUGUUGGCUUUCACAUUUUGAAGACCCUUCUUGAAGGUUGCUGUGGUGAAGAUAUUAUUAAUGUCAAUGAGAAUGGAGAGUUUAAGUUGGAUGUAGAGUCUAAUGCUAUAAUCCAAGAUGUUAAACUGCUAGAGGAGCUAUUGCUUGACUGGAAGAUAUGGAAUAAAGCAGAGCCAGGUACUUGGGAAACUCUGCUGGCAGCUCUAGAAGUCCUCAUCAGAGGAGGGCACCACCAGCAGAUGUUUAAUGUCAAGCAGCUAUUGAAAGCUCGAGUGGUUCAUCACUUUCUGCUGACUUGUCAGGUUUUGCAGGAACACAAAGAGGGUCAGCUUACAUCCAUGCCCCGAGAGGUUUGCAGAUCAUUUGUGAAAAUUAUAGCAGAAGUCCUUGGAUCACCUCCAGACUUGGAAUUAUUGGCAAUUAUCUUCAAUUUCCUUUUAGCAGUUCACCCUCCUACUAAUACUUAUGUUUGUCACAACCCCACAAACUUCUACUUUUCUUUGCACAUAGAUGGCAAGAUCUUUCAGGAGAAAGUACAGUCAAUCAUGUACCUGAGGCAUUCCAGCAGUGGAGGAAAAUCUGUUACUAGCCCUGGAUUUGUGGUAAUAAGCCCAUCUGAUUUUACUGCUUCACCACCUGAAGGAAACAAUUCCUCCAAUAUUAUUCCACAACAGAUGACUGCCAACAUGUUGCGCUCUAGAAGUCUACCAGCAUUUCCUACUUCUUCAUCUCUAAUACAACCACAAAAACUGACUGGAAGUUUGGGUUGUAGUAUUGACAGGUUACAAAAUAUUGCAGAUAAUGAUGUCACUUCCCAACCAGAGAAACUGAAUUCUCUGGAGAGUUCUGAGACGCUGAAAAAAAGCAAAGAAGAUGACUUCAUCAGUAGCUGUGAGUCUGCAAAAACUGUUUGUGAAAUGGAAGCUGUACUUUCAGCCCAAGCCACUGUCCCUGGUGUUUCAAAGGGAACAGUGGGAUUUCCAGUGGUCAGAAUAGAUCAUAAAGACUUGGGAGCAGAACCCAGAUCAAAUGGUGACAGUCCUGGGGAUGAGUCCUGCCCACGUCGACCUGAUUACCUAAAGGGACUGGCCUCAUUCCAGCAAAGCCACAGCACUAUUGCAAGCCUAGGGCUAGCUUUUCCCUCCCAGAAUGGAUCUGCAGCUCUUGGCCAUUGGCCAAGUCUUAUUGACAAGAACACUGAUGAUUGGGAAAACCUUGCCUUUUCUCUCACCUAUGAGCCAAACUACAACCUAACUACCAAUGCUAACAGUGUAACUGAAGACUGCUUGGUGCCUAUCUGCUGUGGACUAUAUGAACUCUUAAGUGGAGUUCUUCUGGUCCUGCCUGACAUCAUGCUUGGAGAUGUACUGGAGCUUAUUCAAGCAGACACGCUUUUAGUGCUUGUUAACCAUCCAUCACCUGCUAUACAACAAGGCGUUAUUAAACUCUUAGGUGCAUAUUUUAAUAGAGCCUCUAAGGAACAAAAAGAUAAGUUUCUGAAGAAUCGUGGCUUUUCCUUGCUAGCCAACCAGUUGUAUCUUCAUCGGGGAACUCAGGAAUUGUUAGAAUGCUUCAUUGAAAUGUUCUUUGGUCGACGUAUUAGCCUUGAUGAGGAAUUUGAUCUAGAAGAUGUGAAAAACAUGGAACUUUUUCAGAAGUGGUCUGUCAUUCCUAUUCUGGGACUAGUAGAGACCUCCCUCUAUGACAACAUGCUCUUGCAUAAUGCUCUUUUACUUCUUCUCCAAAUAUUAAAUUCUUGUUCUAAGGUAGCAGAUAUGUUGUUGGAUAAUGGUCUACUCUACGUGUUAUGUAAUACAGUAGCAACCCUGAAUGGACUAGAAAAAAAUGUUCCUUUGAAUGAAUAUAGGUUGCUUGCUUGUGAUAUACAGCAACUUUUCAUAGCAGUUACAAUUCAUGCUUGCAGUUCCUCAGGCUCACAAUACUUUAGGGUUAUUGAAGACCUUAUUGUACUUCUUGGAUAUCUUCAAAAUAGCAAAAACAAAAGGACACAAAAUAUGGCUGUUGCACUGCAGUUUAGAGUUCUCCAGGCUGCUAUGGAAUUUAUAAGGAGCACUGCAAAUCAUGACUCUGAAAACUUUACAGAUUCAUUCCAGUCACUUACUGCUCCCCAUCAUGCAAUAUUUCAAAAGCGGAAGAGCAUUGCUGGUCCUCGAAAAUUUCCUCUUGCUCAAACUGACUCUCUUCUGAUGAAAAUGCGUUCAGUGGCAAGUGAUGAACUUCAUAUGAUGAUGCAAAGGAGAAUGAGCCAGGAGAACCCUGUCCAGGCAACUGAAGCAGAGCUUGCACAGAGACUGCAGAGGCUCACUGUCUUAGCAGUUAACAGGAUCGUUUAUCAAGAGUUUAAUCCAGACAUUAUUGACAUUUUGAGCACUCCAGAAAAUGCAACUCAAAGCAAGACCUCCAUUUCCCAGACUGAAAUUUCUGAAGAAAAUAUUCAUCAUGAGCAGCCUUCCAUUUUCAGCCCAUUUCAGAAAGAAAUGUUUGUGUAUCUGGUAGAAGGAUUCAAAUUAUCUAUUGGUUCAGGUAAAACCAGUGGUUCCAAGCAGCAGUGGACUAAGAUCUUAUGGUCUUGUAAGGAAACCUUCCGAAUGCAGCUUGGGAGAUUACUAGUGUAUAUUUUGUCACCAACCCAUCCUUUGCAAGAGAGAAAGCAAAUUUUUGAAAUAGUUUGUGAACCCAAUCAUCAGGAAAUAUUACGAGACUGCCUUAGCCCAUCCCUGCAACAUGGAGCCAAGUUAGUUUUGUAUUUAUCAGAGUUGAUACAUAAUCACCAGGAUGAAUUGACUGAAGAAGAACUAAACACAGCAGAACUGCUUAUGAAUGCUUUAAAAUUAUGUGGGUAUAAGUGCAUCCCUCUCAGUGCAUCAACAAAAUCAGACCUUAUUAAAAUGAUCAAAGAGGAACAAAAGAAAUAUGAAGCUGAAGAAGGUAUGAAUAAAGCUACCUGGCAGAAAACAGUUAAUAAUAAUCAACAAAGUCUAUUUCAGCGCCUCAAUUCAAAAGCAAAGGAUAUAUCUAAAAUAGCUGCAGAUAUCACCCAGGCAGUGUCUCUCUCCCAAGGAAUGGAGAGAAAAAAGGUGAUCCAGCAUAUCAGAGGCAUGUAUAAAGUAGAUUUGAGUGCUAGCAGAUAUUGGCAGGAACUCAUUCAACAACUGACGCAUGACAGAGCAGUCUGGUAUGACCCUAUCUAUUAUCCAACUUCAUGGCAGUUGGAUCCAACAGAAGGACCAAAUCGAGAGAGGAGGCGUUUACAGAGAUGUUACUUAACUAUUCCAAAUAAGUAUCUUCUUAGGGAUAGACAAAAAUCAGAAGAUGUGGUCAAGCCACCACUUUCUUAUCUAUUUGAAGACAAAACUCAUUCUUCUUUCUCUUCUACUGUAAAAGACAAAGCUGCAAGCGAGUCUAUAAGAGUGAAUCGAAGAUGUGUCAGCGUUGCACCAUCUAGAGAGAUAGCUGGUGAAUUGUUAUUAGGAAAAUGCGGAAUGUAUUUUGUGGAAGAUAAUGCUUCUGAUACAGUUGAAAGUUCAAGCCUUCAGGGAGAAUUAGAACCAGCAUCAUUUUCCUGGAUAUAUGAAGAAAUUAAAGAAGUUCACAAGCGUUGGUGGCAGUUGAGAGAUAAUGCCGUAGAAAUCUUUUUAACAAAUGGCAGAACACUCCUGUUAGCAUUUGAAAACACCAAGGUUCGUGAUGAUGUGUUCCACAGUAUACUAACAAACGACCUCCCUAAUCUUCUGGAAUAUGGCAACAUCACUGCUCUGACAAAUUUGUGGUAUACUGGACAAAUUACUAAUUUUGAAUAUUUGACUCACUUAAACAAACAUGCUGGCCGAUCCUUCAAUGAUCUCAUGCAAUAUCCUGUGUUCCCGUUUAUACUUGCUGACUAUGUUAGUGAGACCCUUGACCUCAGCGAUCCAUCGGUCUACAGAAACCUCUCUAAACCAAUAGCUGUGCAGUAUAAGGAGAAAGAAGAUCGUUAUGUGGACACAUACAAGUACUUGGAGGAAGAGUACCGCAAAGGAGCCAGGGAAGAUGACCCCAUGCCUCCGGUGCAGCCCUACCACUAUGGCUCCCACUAUUCUAACAGCGGCACUGUGCUUCACUUCCUGGUCAGGAUGCCUCCUUUCACGAAAAUGUUUUUAGCCUAUCAAGAUCAAAGUUUUGACAUUCCAGACAGAACUUUUCAUUCUACAAAUACAACUUGGCGCCUCUCAUCUUUUGAAUCCAUGACUGAUGUGAAGGAACUUAUCCCAGAGUUUUUCUACCUUCCAGAGUUCUUAGUUAACCGUGAAGGUUUUGAUUUUGGUGUGCGUCAGAAUGGUGAACGGGUUAAUCACGUCAACCUUCCCCCUUGGGCACGUAAUGAUCCUCGACUUUUUAUCCUCAUCCAUAGACAGGCUCUAGAGUCUGACUACGUGUCCCAGAACAUCUGUCAGUGGAUUGACUUAGUAUUCGGGUAUAAGCAAAAAGGGAAGGCUUCUGUUCAAGCCAUCAAUGUUUUUCACCCUGCUACAUAUUUUGGAAUGGAUGUCUCUGCAGUGGAAGAUCCAGUUCAGAGACGAGCUCUAGAAACCAUGAUAAAAACCUAUGGCCAGACCCCUCGUCAGCUCUUCCAGUCAGCCCAUGUGAGCAGACCUGGAUCCAGGCUCAAUAUUGAAGGAGAGCUCCCUGCUGCUGUGGGGUUGUUAGUGCAGUUUGCUUUCAGAGAAACUCGAGAACAAGUCAAAGAAAUUACCUAUCCGAGUCCUUUGUCAUGGAUAAAAGGCUUGAAGUGGGGGGAGUAUGUGGGUUCCCCAAGUGCUCCAGUACCUGUGGUCUGCUUCAGCCAGCCCCAUGGAGAAAGAUUUGGUUCUCUCCAGGCUCUGCCCACCAGAGCAAUCUGUGGUUUGUCCCAAAAUUUCUGUCUUCUAAUGACAUACAGCAAAGAACAAGGUGUGAGAAGCAUGAACAGUACAGACAUUCAGUGGUCAGCCAUCCUGAGCUGGGGAUAUGCUGAUAACAUUUUAAGGCUGAAGAGUAAACAAAGCGAGCCUCCAAUAAACUUUAUACAAAGUUCACAGCAAUAUCAGGUGACUAGUUGUGCUUGGGUCCCUGAUGGUUGCCAGCUGUUUACUGGGAGCAAGUGUGGUGUCAUCACUGCCUAUACAAAUAGGCUGACGAGCAGCACGCCUUCAGAGAUAGAAAUGGAGUCUCAGAUACAUCUCUAUGGGCACACAGAGGAAAUAACCAGCUUGUUUGUUUGCAAACCGUACAGUAUAAUGAUAAGUGUGAGCAGAGAUGGAACCUGCAUCAUAUGGGAUUUAAACAGGUUGUGCUACGUACAAAGUCUGGCGGGACACAAAAGUCCUGUCACGGCCGUCUCUGCCAGUGAGACAACAGGUGACAUUGCCACUGUGUGUGAUUCAGCUGGCGGAGGCAGUGACCUCAGACUCUGGACAGUGAACGGGGACCUUGUUGGACAUGUCCACUGCAGAGAGAUCAUUUGUUCUGUGGCUUUCUCUAACCAACCUGAAGGAAUAUCCAUCAAUGUAAUUGCUGGGGGAUUAGAAAAUGGAAUUGUAAGGUUAUGGAGUACAUGGGACCUAAAGCCUGUGCGGGAAAUUACAUUUCCUAAAUCAAAUAAGCCUAUUGUAAGCCUUACAUUUUCCUGUGACGGCCACCAUUUGUACACGGCAAACAGUGAUGGGACCGUGAUUGCCUGGUGUCGCAAGGACCAGCAGCGCCUGAAACAGCCAAUGUUCUAUUCCUUCCUUAGCAGCUAUGCAGCUGGGUGAAUGAGAGAGGACUUCUCAUUCUCCAAAGCACUUUAACUCCUAACCAGAUCGUGGACUUCAUCAGUUUUAGGAGGCUGAACCUGAAGAAAUGGAUGACCAAACAAACCAUCCAAAUACCGAUAAAAUCUGUUCACUGCACACGAGUCAGCAGCCUCACAAGUUCCUGAGAGGAAAGUCUUCUCCUAAUUUAUUGAUAAUCUGGAGGAUCAUGUCAGUAUGCACUAACAGGAUUUAAGUCUUCGUGGUAAAUUGAAAAUAAUAUUCUCAAAGGUUUUUCUACAAGAGUAUUCUAAAGAAAAGAUUAGGGUGUCUCCUUUUUCUGUUAUUUUUAAAGAGCCAGUAGAAUUUUUUAAUUGGUUAGUUAAUUGUUUAUGUAAAAUACUCUAAAAAUUAUAUUUAAGAAGUUCUGUGCCACGAUAGUCCCUUCUCCCACAGAAAAGGAAAAGAAAAGAUAAAAAUUCAGGGCUUGAUCAUUGCUUUCAUUGAGAAGUAAAUUAUUCAGUAGGUGCUUCUGCACCAAACGGCUUAUGGAAUAUCUGAAUACUAAACGCAGACUAUGAAGAAAUCUCAGUGUUAGGCUGUUUUUAACAGUUGCCUUCUCAGCUCAAAGUAGAACUAGAAUUUUUUGAUAGUCAUAAUCAAGAAACAGGUAUCAUUGAUUUCAUACAUACUCUAUUUCUUCAUAAAAAAUACAACUUAAAAUCCAUGACACUAAAUAUUAAAUAUCCUUACUUGAGUCAUGAAGAUUUAAAUACAAUAAUUCUUUUAAUAUCUCUCAUUUACAGAGCAUUGAAUGCUUAACAAUUUGCAAUAGGAAGCCUCCACUAUGCAAAAAGUUUGCACAGAUAUUAAUAAUACAGUCUAGAUAAGGCUUUUAAUCUAAUGUGCAGGAGGAGCCUUCUUCCCCAAAACAGAAUUACAAAAAGAAAAGAGACCAUUUACUUUGUUUAAAACAGAAGGCAGAAUAAUUCUUUUAGGAAGCAGUUUCCACUGUUUUUACUAACCCAUAUAGCCUGAGAAAUCUAGCAACAAUAGAAAUUCUAAGUGUACACCACAGCAAACUUACACCGUAAGACAGAAUCCCUCAGUCCUGGGAUAGUCUGUCUACCAUGAUGUUACAGCUCUGUUGUUACAUGGACUGCUGCUUCAUUGGCUUUGGAAACACUGUACAAUAGCUGAGUCAUAUGUUACCACGGGAGAAAAAUAUGUAUUCCUGCCUAAGAAUAACUUGCGUGUUUGUUACAGAAAUUUCAUUUGUAUGGUGUUUACAAACCUACUUUUGUAACUUCCAGACUUUCUAAAACAUUCUGCUCAAAAACGGUAUAAAAUACAAUUCCAAAGUAUCUGCUGUCAAGACAAAUACAGUAGGAAGCAAGUGGUCCCAUAUACUUGUAACUUCAUACUGCAUACAUAUGUCAGAACAAUUCACAGGCUGCAUUUAGAUCAUGGUCUGCACAAAUCAGCUAUUAAUUCUGAAGUCCAAAUAAGUGCAGAGAUGAGAUUAUUCCUAUUCACGUUGAAGUGAUUUGCUCUAUUAAAACAAUAAUUGCAGCUAUUGUCUAACUCUCAUUUUUAUACUGAGAACUUUCAAUUAGUUCCCUAUUAGAAUAGGGUUGCUACUCAAUCUUUUUUUUUUUAGGCUGAAUUUCAUCAUUUAUCUAAAGAGAAAACAUGCAAAAUAACUGGUCUUGUUAAGAGUGCAAUAUUAUAUUUUUAUGUAAAAAUAAAAAUUUGGAGGGAUUAUUUAUUCAGCAUGAAACUUAGUAUGUAUAUGUUUGAAACACUUUGUAAUGUGCAUGUUGUAGCAAACAUUUCUGUAAAUUAUCACAAGCUCUGUUAUCUUUGUAUACACUGCCUCUUCAAAUUGGGAAUAAAUUUCAUAACAUAAAUUUAAA